AUGAAUGAAGAGUCUAAUUCUUAUGGAAAGGCUACGGAACUAUUGCAUCAGCUGGAGAAUAUCCUUGAAUCUGAUGCUCUAAUUGAUGAGCUGGGGUUUAUUCAUCCAUCCCAGUUUUCCUUGUUAAAUGAAGAAUCUCCAAUUUCGACAAAUUUAUCUGCUGAAUCCGUCCGUCUAUCAGCCGACAGGAUAGCAAGCUCUGACGAACUAUACUUCUGGAACAGAGAUCAUAAACUGGGAAUUUCAACUCAUAUUCUUCUACCGUUGUAUAAAGCUGCCAAACAUGCAUUUAUGACGGCAUUUAAACAAUAUAAGAUGCGUGGAAAUCAAUCUGACAACGUUGGACUUUGUUUACGUCAUGACCAUCUUGAAAGCAUACUUUUGAGACACAGCAGGUCUCUUCUGCUGCUAAGCUGUGAUUUCAUGACUGCUUGGAAUUGCAGAAAAUUAUUAGUGUCCAGGAAGAAGCAGGUCUCAAUGUUUGUAGAUGAACUUCUACUAUCAGAAGUUGUGCUCUCAUACUCAGCCAAAAGUGAACAAGCUUGGAGUCAUAGGCGAUGGGUGAUCAAGUCAAUCUCCGCAAACUGUUCAAAUUUGGAAGAGAUUUUGGCAAAAGAAUCUGAGCUGGUGGAAAAAAUAGCUGAGAGAUCCAAGAUGAAUUAUCGUGCAUGGAAUCACCGGUGCUGGUUAAUCUCAUACAUGACUAAAGAACAGGUGCUAUCCGAGAUGAGGAAAUCCAGAAGUUGGGCUUCACUACAUGUGUCUGAUAAUUGUUGCUUUCAUUAUCGCAGACGGCUACUGCAAAAGAUGAUGGAGGACCAAAGUUGUGCAAAAGAAACUGCAUCUUAUGGUCAUAAUGCUGAUAUUGUCCAAGCAAUGAAGGACGAACUUGAAUGGAAUGAAACAUUGAUAAAGCGUUAUGUCGGAAGAGAGGCUCUAUGGCUUCAUCGUCGUUUUCUUUCCUCAUGCUGGAUAAAUAGUUUCCUAGCCGACUCUAAUGACGGAUCCCACCAUUCCAAGGAGGCAACAAGCAUAUAUCAUGACGUUGGCACCUUUCUACAGAAGGAAUUAAGUCUCUUUCUCGCCUCAACUUUUGUUGAUGAUGAUUAUGGGGAUUUCCAAGCACAAGCCACACAUUCUGCUAGUUACAUACUGUGGUUAAAAGUGCAAUUGCCCAAGCCUCUUGAAAAUGAGCUCCUUGAGAAGAUAAAAGAUGUAGAUUUGAAGACCAUACUGGAUAAGUCAUGCCCAGAGAGGUCCUCUCUAUUCAAUUACUUUAUGAGCUAG